UCGGACCCGGCGUUGUGCCCGGUUCGUGAGAUGAGACUUAAGAGCCUUUGCAUUUUCCGCUUGAAAUCACUCUCGCGCACCGCGAAAUUUUCCGUCCGUGACAGCCUGGCAGAGUCAGCCGAGAUUUAAAAGGAAUAUCGUUUAAAGAAGCUUAUAUCGAGAAAAUUUUUUGUGCGCGAUAGCUCAAAAAAGUGACACCUGCGAAAUUUUGUGAAAAAUUUUCAAUCCUAGAAGAUACACAAUUAAAAGAUAUGGUGACAAACUUCAAGGUUGAGAAGAUGAAGCUCCCAUAGGAACCAUUGAGCAGAGACUGUCUAUACUCUCUGCCUUUGAGGGUAGACAUUUGCAAUGAUUAUAGGGAGUUGAUGAAAAGCGUGCCGUGAGCAGGGAUGAAUAUCGGCGGAGUGGGGAGCAGCGCUGACUGCGGGUCCCGCGUGACUGCCAGUCAGCGUCUGCUCAACUUCGCGGAGCUCCCGGCGGACCUGAUCUACAACCCGGAGCAGCACGCCCAGAACCUGCAGCCGAGCAUCCGUCGGGAACGUGCCACCGCCGGGCGCUACCUCCAGCGACGCGUGGACGCCCUCCGCGCCCUCAAGGAGUCCACCAAGAUCAUCGAGCCCUUCUCCAGUCUCUCCAAGUACACCCUCAAGAAGUGGCCCAUCGACAAAAUGCCUCAAGUCUUACGCAAGAUAAUUGGGAACAAACCAAACAUCAUCUGUGAGAAGGAUGAAUUAAGGACAGCCUGGAACGAUAGUGAUUUUAUAGCUGAGUGCCUUUGCUGGCACAAUGUCUACAGAUUUCAGCACCGAGUCCCACCGCUUCAAAUGUCUCCGCAGCUCUGUGAAAAAGCUCAAGCUUGGGCUAACCACCUCGCUCACACGGACAGCUUUUUCUAUCGAAUCGAUCGGGAUGUUGGUCAAAACUUAUUCUAUCGCCUGACAAAUGCCUUAGAAAGUGACGUCACAGGUCAAGAAGUUUCGAGUUAUUGGUACAGUGCUGUUAAACAGUACGAUUUCAGUAAAGAGCCGGACGUAUUGCAUGCGAACGUAAACGCAGGACAUUUCACUCAGCUAGUUUGGGCCAAUACGAGAUAUCUGGGUGUCGGCAGAGCGCAGAGCAGAUCCGGUAAGAUUAUUGUUGUGGCAAACUACAGCCCCGCGGGAAACACCAGCGGUCAGUUCCAGCAAAACAUCUUACCUCCAGUUCUCGAUGAAACUGACGGCGUCAGUUUAGGCCGCAAUUCUAACCAAUCAAAAAAUUCUAAAAAAUCCGAUUAGUAGUAGGUAUUCAAUCCGCCGUUAUCAUUUUGGCAAGUCUCAUUUCGACCCUGGUGAUUUUUCGAUUUUGUAGACAUCCAAGUUUGAACGGCCGGACUGCAGGAGCGUACUCUAUGCGACUGCGGGCACUUUUUGAAGAAAAAAACUUUAUACAACAAAAAAGUCUUAUUUUGACCCAUAGAACACGCUCCUGCAGUCGGGCCGUUUGACUCUGGAUCACCCUGUAUUAAUAAAAUUAGCGCUUAGCUGAAUGAAUCGAUGGCGAACUGUAAAAACACGUACCUCGAUUACUUACUCUUCAUUUGUAUUUUUACUCUAAUUCCAUGUGUUCAAAAGAAUCGAUAAAUAGAAAAUGACAGGAGAAUUUAUGACGAAGAGGAAAUUACACGAAGAUUUAAAAAAUGAAACGUAGAUUGAAUGAAAGGAUUGUGAGCCAGAGAGAGAGAGGCUUAAAUGCAUUAUGUAUUGCAAAGUUUAGCAUGACAACUUUUUUUUUAUUCGUUGACGGAAAUGCAUGUUUCACAAGGGAAUUUCAGGAAAUUUUCGUCUAAUCGCACAGAAAAUUAAUGCACAAAAAAUUAGAAAAGAAAACUUUCAUCCGUCUUUGCAGGUAUUAAGGAAUUCUCAAAUCAAUGGCUAAUAGUUGAAAAAUGCGUUUAAAAA